GCAAGUGAAGUAGCUUAUUUUUACUUAUCUCAGCUUAUAGGCCAAAUUAUUUUAAAGCAAAUGUCAAUUAAAUUGUUAACCGUUAAAAUGAAUUCACUCUCAACACAGUUUUGGAGAACAGACCAUUUUCAUUUUAUUUUGACUUUGACAGCUGUGACAUUAAGUGCUCUGAUAUUAAUAUCAGCGUUCUAUUCCAAAGGCAUCAAUAGGGCAGAAACCUCGUCGUCAAAAGUUCCACGUCGUCUGGAUAUUUUCUUUGUCGAGACUUCAGGUAAAUCGUGUCUCACCUUCCGCCAGGCGUGCGGAAUCGAGUCGGCCGCCAAGGCCAAUCCCGACGCCCGAAUUAAAUUGUACACGGAAAAAUCAACUGCUGGGAUCAUCAACAACUUAUCGCCGGAAAACGACCACCGGGAAUUCUUCCGCUGCCCCGUCACCAGCGUUUUGCUCAAGCAAAUGAACAACAUUGAAAUCGUUCGAGAAAACUUGGUCGAGCUCUUGCAAGAGACGCCGCUGUGGCAGCUGCACAAAACCGGUUCGUUCAACCGGUCCAGCUGGAGGCUCUUUCACCUGAGUGACGCAGCUCGGGUGGCCCUGCUCUGGAAGAAAGGCGGCACUUAUCUCGACAUGGACUGCAUCGUCUUGCGCCCGUUGGAGAGUCUCAACAACACGAUCGGCACGGUGGAAAACGGCAACGUGCCCAGCUGGGUGGAAAACGGGGUGAUGGCCUUCUCGGCUGGCCACCCGUUUCUCCACUUUCUCAUGAAGUAUAUGGUGCUGGCCUUCGAGCCGGAUAAUUACAUCAGCCUCGGCCCGGACACUCUACGCGACGCCAUGUUUUAUUUUUGCAAUCGUGAAACUUUGCCGGCCAAUCAUUGGGUCAACUGUCGGCACAAUUCUUCGAUAUUUAUCCAACCGCCGGAAUCUUUUUACGCCAUCAACAACAGUCGAAUGGAAAAUUUUUAUCAACCGGAAUUCGAUCCCAAUGAUUGGGAUCUAUUGCAUCGCGAUAGUUUUCUGUCGCACAUUUAUGGCGCCGGUCAUGGACGAAUCGCUCCGCCCGGAUCACUUUACGCAGAGUUGGCCAGGAAAUACUGUCCAGUGAGUUAUGCAAUGGCAACUGCUGGCGGAGCUAAUGGUCUUUUUUAACUAUUCCAAACAAGCAAAUCAGAAUUUUUUUAAAAAUUU